AUGUCCACUCGCAAGAAGGACGAAAAGCGCGUCAACUAUGCAGAGCCGCCAUCUGAUGUGGAUGACCGUGAAUUGCUGGAAGCGCAAGAGGGACAAGCCGGUGAGGAGACAUCACAACAUACAGUUCCAUCAAAACGACGCCAAGUGAGCGCCAGUGCAUCUGGCUCACAAGACGAAGAAGGCGGGCGACCUAGUAGCACCCCGAAUAAAGUACUCGCCUCUGGUAAGCGCGCUGACCAGAACCGUAAAGCGCAACGUGCCUUUCGACAACGCAAGGACAGGUACAUCAAAGACCUUGAAUUGCGCUCACAAGAACUCGAUAUUGCCAAUUCACUCAUCAUUCAGUUGAAGGAGGAGAAUGACCGACUCAAUGAGAUUGCCAAGUCCUUCCAUGCACGCAAUGAGGAGCUGGAAGAACAGCUCGCGCGCUUUGCUAGACGUGGUUCGGGCAGUAGUCUUGGUAGGGGUAGAGAUCCAAGCAGUGUGAGUAGCCACGCACAACAGCGCGAUGGCGCGCAGAGUCAUGCGAGUAGUAGUGGUGAUCGUGGACCAGAGACAGCAGGCUUGGCUGUUCCUGUGCCUGUUCCGCGUUAUGACGCAGCAGCUGGUGGAAAUGGCGGUGGCAAUGGCAAUGGCGAUGCAGCUGCACGACACGGCCAGGUCAUGGCAGACGCCUACUACAGCUCUGCGCGUGAUAGUGGCGGUGCUGGAGGAACGGCUGGUCUUGUGGAUGCAGGACAGGUGUACUCGCAAGCAAAGGGCUUGAUCUGA